AGGCUCCAGCAGCCGGAAGUCCCGCCUGCCGAGUAGUCGUCGCUGCCGCCGCCGCCUCCGUUGUUGUUGUGGUCGCUUCGCCGAAGUCUGCGGCUCAAAGAGCCGGCUCCGUCGCUUCCCGCCGCCAUGAAGUGGAUGUUUAAGGAGGACCACUCGCUGGAACACAGAUGCGUGGAAUCCGCGAAGAUCAGAGCGAAAUACCCCGACAGGGUUCCGGUGAGUGUGGACUCCCCGCCCCCUCACCCUGCUGUCACCCUUAGUGUCUUGGAGAGGUGUCGAGAGGGCGCGCUAGGCCGCGCAACAGUUGAGAAGUUAAGGUCUCAAGGUGUAGCCAGAGACCGGACAGCCUGGGCUUCCUCAGGCCCAAGCUUGGGGAAGAAGGGGCUGGUGCUGUUCAGGGGCAUCAGUGCUGAAUCUUCAGAUCUAGGGCAGUAAGCUGCUUGCAGCUUCUAGGCUCCCUCGCCAAUUAUGUAAGGAACCGUGUUCUAGGACAGGGCAACAGGUCACUACCACUUUGGGGAAUGAUGGUGGAGACUGUCAUUUGAUGUUGGAUCUGGUAGCGUAGUCUCAGGAUAACCAUCUUUAACUUUUAGUUUCUCGUCACUCUGAUUCUGCCACCUUUGCUUGACUGGUAAAUCUGAAAUGCUGUCGUUUUGCCUUUAAUCAAUAAGUAUGUUGCUUUAUUUCUGCUCUCUGCCCUAGUUGGGGAGAUUUUUUUUCUGAUAUUAUUGAUUUUUGAAGGGCAUAAAGUCUUGUUAUUAUAGUGCUGUGCUUGUAAACAGUACUCUGAGGAGAGUAGGAGGACAAAUGUUAACUGUUCAGAGAGAAGCAACAGGCCAAAUGAAAAUCUCGGCUCCUGGGUCA